AUGUCAUUAUCAAAUGAUGUCAUCAUGAUAUAUCUCUAUUAUAAAUAAGGGGUAUUGUAAGUAUUAAAAGCAUCGAGGCCUUUUGAGGAAAGGUGUGACAUGAGUUUAGUCUCACAUUGCUUGUGCACCAAAGUUUAGAGCAAAUAUAUAGUAAUAUUAUAUUUCCAAGUAAGUCCUUUUCUCCCACAUGUAUGACCACUCCUUACCCCACAAUCAACUGGCCACCAGUGACAUGGAAGGGGAGUGGUGCACACGUGCCCUCAUCAGUCCUAGCCACUCGAGUGAUGGUGAGUAGGACUCAUCUCCAUCAACUCAGGAGGCACCGGCAGUCUGAGUUCAGCCCAAUCGAUGCGUGAAGAUGAAAGAGCUUGGCUUUCGCUAUACGGCUUAGCCCUUUGGGACAACAACAUUCCACCUUUGGAAUGAUGACGAGCUAGAGCUCACACUUAUCUUUCUUUGUAUUUUUACGUUGACUUGUUGGGCCUUGCAUUUGUGUGUUAGUGGGCCCAAUUCUAUGUGUGUGUGUUACCAGGCCCAAUUCUAUGUGUGUGUUAGCGGGCCCAAUUCUAUAUGUGUGUGUCGUUGUUUAUGUCUCCCAUUUUUUAAGGUUUUAUUGGGUCUCUCUUUUGAGGCCUAAUUAAAACUCUAAGGGGGGGGAACCUAUGUGUCUUUCCUUUUGGGCCUCUUUUGGGGCUUAUUUGGGUCUUCAUUUGAGGCCCACUUAAGCACCGUAAGAGGACCCUCCUCUUUCUCCUUUUAGGGGAGCUUAUUAGGUCUCUCUUUAAGAGGCCCAAUAAGCCCCUUUUGUAGCCUUUGUGGCUUAUGGGCUUGAGGGUCUCAAACAGGCCCACCUCCCCUUCGCCCACUUAUGGGCCCCCAUAUAAGGGGAGGUAGGACCCCCCCCCCUCAAGAGAGCGCCGUAUUUUUGAGAGAGAUUAUCAUUUUGUGAGUACCUUCUCUGUGAUCUAGGAUAGGGAGGGAAGGAGGAAGAGGAAGGCCAUCGAUACCACCUUCGAGGACUUUGUUCCUCAUGACGCUGCUGCUCGAUAAGUCCCGCCGCCGCCUGAGACCACUAUCGCCGCCGGCCAUCUCAUUGCCGCCCGAGAACUCGCCGCCGUCACUGGACAAAACGGUCGCGGUUGCCACUGCAGCCGCCGCCACCUCUGCUGGAACCCCAUCACGCCAUUGUGACGAAAGGGGCUCGCUUCGCCUCCCUACAAGCCAUCGCCAAACACUCUGCCGAAGUCUCUCGACUCCUGGUUUGACUGUCGCUUCUUCCUCUAGUACUCCACCAUAAACUCGCCGGAGCUGCCCUCCACCACUCUGCCCAGUCGCUGGCCAUUCGUCGACGAACGCCGACCUGCCGUCGACGUCGGAAGAGACCCUACUGCCGUGCCGAUGAGCUAGAUCUAGAACAAGCUCCGCACAGGCCCCUGCCAGAGUUUCCUGAUGAUCCGCCGCUGUCGUGCUGUUUCUGGCACCGCCUAGACCAAGAGGGCUCAACCCUCCCUGAUUUUGCCGGCCGGAUCAUCUCCUUCCUCUGCUCCGCUUCCCAGUGCUGCUAGAGAAGGCUGACCCUUCUAGCGACAGCUGGUUUGCCAGCUGAUAAGUCUUCAUUAUCAUGAGUUAAUAAUUAGUAAAUAAUAUAGUUUUAGCCUUAACUCAUGAUAAAUAGACUUAUAUUUGUGUUAAAGCAUGAAAAGUGGUUUUCAGUUGAUUAACGUGAAUUUUUGGGUAAUUAUGUGAUUUUAUAUGAUUUUUACAGUCUUAGUUUUGAGAUAAAUGAAGAACAAGAAAUAAAAAUAAAAAUAUUGCAAAAUGGGGGGACCCGCUGGCCAGCCGGGCCCGCAAGCGGGUCGGAAGCGCAGUCGGGGAGUAGCCGCGAGCAGGGGCUCGAGUGGCUUGCUUGGAUCGAUAGGGGCACGUGUGUGCCACUCCCCUUCCAUGUCACCGGUGGCCAGCCGGCUGUGGGGCAAGGAGUGGUCGUACACGCGAGAGGACUUUGCCUAGAAAGCUAACUUUACUAUAUAUUCGCCCGAAUAAUCCGCGCACAACCGAUGUGGGACUAAACCCGCGUCACACCUUGCUCAGGGGCGGGCGACCGCCGCGGGUUCAAAUCCUCCCAGAGUCAAAAUUCAUAUAUUUUUAACUGAUUAUCGCGACUUUCCUGCAGAUCGCCGGUGAAGGAUUAAGCAACCGGAAUCGCUAGAUCAUCGGCGAAAAUCUCGUCAACGCGAUUCGCGGAGCAUUGCUACUAAAAUUUCUGAACGAUUUGCGAUAAAAGGAUCGCAAUCCAUCGAGUAAAUCAUCUCCGAUUGAUCGACGAACAAGCCGUCGUCGGGAAGAGGAUGAUCCGCCGGGAGACUAGUCGCCACCUCCUGAGAGCGUACCAGAUGCGAUGAAGAGCCUCCUCUUGCUGCGCGGACCUGAGGAUGAAGCUCCCUAACACGCGCCUCACCUCCAUCCAGCCCCUCUCUGUCAGGUGACAGCCGCCGGAGAGCCGCAAAGUCGCCGUUUUUUCCGCUCCGCCAGGUGACAGCCGCCGGAGACGAUUCGACGACCCACUUCAUUGGUCUCUAGACUUCGUGAGAAGAUCUAGAGAUUGCCCACGUCGUCUUUGUCCAAGGAGAGCCUUCGAGGCCGUGGACACUGCACGACGACCCUCCCGAACGCUCAGGAUUCCGGUGCAUCGCCGACGCGUCGCCGUCGCGACGCCGGAACUCUGUUUUCCUGCUUUAUCUAGAGAUUGCCCACGUCGUCUUUGUCCAAGGAGAGCCUUCGAGGCCAUGGACACUGCACGAUGAUCCUCCCGAACGCUCAGGAUUCCGGUGCAUCGUCGACGCAUUGCCGUCGCGACGCCGGAACUCUGUUUUCCUGCUUUCAAUUUAAUUUACGCUUCAUUUAGUGAUACUUUCUUGAUUUUUAUUUACCAAACUAUACUUCGUUCAAUUACGAUUCUUCCGGCUUUUACAGAUCUUAAUUUGAUUAAUUGAGUCGUCUGUAAUCGCCUACGUAAGAAUUGCCGGGCGGAACUCUGUUUCCGCGUGAUUCGCGUUCGCCGGGUGCUGACGUCAUCCUGACGUCCGCACCCUUAUUUCCUUUUUUUGUGAAUUUUAAAUAUAUUUCCUUUUUAUUUCCUAGUAUAAAAUUCGUAAGAAAAUCGUACUCAUUGAGAAAAAUUCUGAAUAAUUACAAGAUAUUAUAUUACAUCCCUGUGAUCGACCUGGAAAAUUACCACUAUUUUUGGGAUUUGUAUUGAAUUAUAAUUGAUAUAUUUAUUUUGAAAUACUUCUAAAUAUCCGAAAAUUCGUAUUUUCUAGUUUUAUAAAUUUUAAAUUUGCGUGAUUUAAUAUACAACGACUUAGUCACGUCACCACCCAACUGCCAACCUUCGACAUUCUUGCCGAAGCGCUGUUGACGCUCAGCCUUCCCACCGAAGUGCCACUAAUGCUCGGCCUUCCCGACGAAGCACCACUGACGCUCGGCCUUCCCGCCGAAGCGCCACUGAUGCUUGGCCUUCCCACUGAAGCGCUGCUGACGCUCGGCAUUCCCACUGAAGCGCUGCCGCCGCACACGCCCCGCGCGCCAGUUUCUAUGGCCUGCGCGCUCACCCGGUGCCACUGUCCACGUGCCCUAAGGCACGUCAUGCGGCUUGCCACAUGCACCCGCUAGCGUCCCCUUCGGCCCACCAGUGGGCCCACACUUGCUAGCAUGCCCUUCAGCCCACCUACAGGCUCACGCCCACGUCGACUGUGCCACGCCCUAAGACGACGACUUUCGUGACUCUCGACCAAGACCAACCAUCGACGCUAAGCAUCACUCUUCACUAGAUGUCUCUGCCUUCGUCAAAUCUCCACUCCAUCAUGACCCGCCGGGCUAUGUAGCUCCGAAGGUUAGCUCUAUACCCCUUCCUCUUAACUUUACUUAUCUCUCAAAGGGUUUUCUUGGCUCGUCUCCACCACCAUCAGGAGAAUGUAGAUAGGAUAGGACGAUUAUCGGGUUGUGACUUUUGAUGCUGCGCUAGAUUCAUCAUCGUUCGUAAGCUGUAGCCCUAGGCUACCUCACGACGACUGUUCCACCAUCUGUCCAGACAUGGACCGAGAGGGCCUCACACUUACCAUCAUCAAGUGUUUCUCUUAGUUGUCCUGAGUUGAUCAUGCCUAUUGGUAUGCUUACUUAUACUUAGGUUAAGUAGUAAAACCUAGAGUCUAGGGUCCAUACAUUCUUAUCGGAUCGGCCCGACUGCCCCUUCCUAGGUCUAGAGUUUCAUUGAUCAGGUACAAGGAUUCUUGCCCCAUCCUACAUCAUCGAGCCCCUACUUGCAGCUCCCUGAUUGCACUUCCAAAUCGCUUAUAGGCUCGGUUGGCCAAUAGGUCCUUUCUAUUUUGCUAUAUUUUUAUUUUUAUUUUUAUUUUUAUUUAUUUUAAUUAGAUAAAUCUAUUGAAAUAUGGUAUGCUACUAGUGAAUAUUUGAGAUUUCUUCAUUUAUCUAAAAAAUAAGGCUAUAGAAAUCAUAUAAAUUCAUAUUAAAUUACAUAAUUAGCUAAAAAAUUAUGUUAAUCAACUAAAAACUACUUUUCACACUUUAACACAAAUAUAAAUAUAUUUAUCAUGAGCUAAGGCUAAAACUAUAUUAUUUAUUAAUUAUUAACUCGUGAUAAUGAAGACUUAUCACUAGGGCUCUUAUACCAUAUUGACAAUUCAAAAACAAACCCUAAAAUACAUACCAACAUUAGAGGACUACAUCUAUAGAGCCCUAAUAGGUCUCAAUGGGCCAGACACUAUCAAAAAAUUAAUAAUAUAUUUUUAGUUUUAAAUUAUUAUAAAUAGACUUAUAUUUAUAUUAAAUAAUGAAAAGUGGUUUUUAUUUAGUUAUUGUGAAUUUUUAGCUAAUUAUGUGAUUUUAUGUGAAUUUAUAUAAUUUUAUAAUCCUAUUUUUAAGAUAAAUAAAGAGAAAUAAGAUAAAAUAAAAAUAUAUAAAAAGGGAGAAACUUGUUGGCUUGUUAGGCCUAUGAUAAGUCUUCAUUAUCAUGAGUUAAUAAUUAGUAAAUAAUAUAGUUUUAGCCUUAACUCAUGAUAAAUAGACUUAUAUUUGUGUUAAAGCAUGAAAAGUGGUUUUCAGUUGAUUAACGUGAAUUUUUGGGUAAUUAUGUGAUUUUAUACGAUUUUUACAGUCUUAGUUUUGAGAUAAAUGAAGAACAAGAAAUAAAAAUAAAAAUAUUGCAAAAUGGGAGAAUCCGCCGGCCAGCCGGGCCCGCAAGCGGGUCGGAAGCGCAGUCGGGGAGUAGCCGCGAGCAGGGGACUCGAGCGGCAUGCUUGGAUCGAUAGGGGCACGUGUGCGCCACUCCCCUUCCACGUCACCGGUGGUCAGCCGGCUGAGGGGCAAGGAGUGAUCGUACACGCGAGAGGACUUUGCUAUAUAUUCGCCCGAAUAAUCCGCGCACAACCAAUGUGGGACUAAAUCCACCUUGUAAGGGGCGGGCGACCGCCGCGGGUUCGAAUCCUCCCAGAGUCAAAAUUCAUAUAUUUUUAACUGAUUAUCGCGACUUUCCUGCAGAUCGCCGGUGAAGGAUUAAGCAACCGGAAUCGCUGAAUCAUCGGUGAAAAUCUCGUCAACGCGAUUCGCGGAGCAUUGCUACUAAAAUUUCUGAACGAUUCGCAGUAAAAGGAUCGCAAUCCAUCGAGUAAAUCAUCUCCGAUUGAUCGACGAACAAGCCGUCGUCGGGAAGAGGACGAUCCGCCGGGAGACCAGUCGCCACCUCCUGAGAGCGUACCAGAUGCGAUGAAGAGCCUCCUCUUGCUGCGCGGACCUGAGGAUGAAGCUCCCUAACAUGCGCCUCACCUCCAUCUAGCCCCUCUCCGUCGGGUGACAGCCGCCGGAGAGCCGCAAAGUCGCCGUUUUUCCGCUCCGCCGGGUGACAGCCGCCGGAGACGAUUCGACGACCCACUUCAUUGGGCUCUAGACUUCGCGAGAAGAUCUAGAGAUUGCCCACGUCGUCUUUGUCCAAGGAGAGCCUUCGAGGCCGUGGACACUGCACGACGACCCUCCCGAACGCUCAGGAUUCCGGUGCAUCGCCGACGCGUCGCCGUCGCGACGCUGGAACUCUGUUUUCCUGCUUUAUCUAGAGAUUGCCACGUCGUCUUUGUCCAAGGAGAGCCUUUGAGGCCGUGGACACUGCACGACGAUCCUCCCGAACGCUCAGGAUUCUGGUGCAUCACCGACGCAUCGCCGUCGCAACGCUGGAACUCUAUUUUCCUGCUUUCAAUUUAAUUUACGCUUCAUUUAGUGAUACUUUGUUGAUUUUUAUUUACCAAACUAUACUUCGUUCAAUUACGAUUCUUCCGGCUUUUACAGAUCUUAAUUUGAUUAAUUGAGUCGUCUGUAAUCGCCUACGUAAGAAUCGCCGGGCGGAACUCUGUUUCCACCUGAUUUGCGUUCGCCGGGUGCUGACGUCAUCCUGACGUUCGCACCCUUAUUUCCUUUUUUUUUGUGAAUUUUAAAUAUAUUUCCUUUUUAUUUCCUAGUAUAAAAUUCGUAAGAAAAUCGUACUCAUUGAGAAAAAUUCUGAAUAAUUACCAGAUAUUAUAUUACAUCCCUGUGAUCGACCUAGAAAAUUACCGCUAUUUUUGGAAUUUUUAUUGAAUUAUAAUUGAUAUAUUUAUUUAGAAAUACUUCUAAAUAUCCGAAAAUUCGUAUUUUCUAGUUUUAUAAAUUUUAUAUUUGCGUGAUUUAACAUACAACGACUGAGUCACGUCAAAUUUUGGCGCCGUUGCCGGGGAUGUAUUGCAUAAUAUUUAGUAUUUUUCUGUUUUUCUCUUAGAGUACACAAAAAAAAAACUUUACUCUUGUUUUAUUUUCUUUUUGCUGAUUUUUAUUAGAAAAAGGGAACAAAAAGAAGCACGGCAAGGACUGGAGCAUCCUGAAGGAGGGUAACAGUUACUAACUUUUUCCCUCGAAUUUAUUGAUUUUUAUGCAUGGUAGAAGAUCCUUGCAUCCAAGGCUAGAAAAUCCUUUCAUUAUUUCAUUCAAAAAUAAAAAUCCAAAAGAAAAAUUAAUUUUGAUGGAUCCUGAAGGAAGUACAGGUCAAACUGAGAACAAUCCUAUGGCCAUGAAAAAUCAUUAUAUCCCUGAUUCAUUUCAAAGAGCAUCUAAUAUUAGAGUCCCAUUAGCACCCACUGUUAAAUUCGAAAUAAAUCCAGGAAUUUUUCAAAUGCUCCCUAAUUUUCAUGGAUUGCCUUUAGAGGAACCUCAUCAGCACUUAGAAAAAUUUCAUAUGGUCUGUGAUUUAGUUAAUCUCCCUCAAGUUACACCGGAAAUUAUUAAGAUGAAAUUAUUCCCUCAUACACUUAGGGACAAAGCUAGUCAUUGGCUAUCCACAUUAGAUAGAGAAUUAACUAGCUGGAAAGAUAUAGAACAGGCCUUUCUUCGAAAAUUUUAUCCCUUAGGAAAAACUCAAAAUAUGAGAAAACAUAUAUGGAGUUUUUCUCAAAGACCAGGAGAAACUUUGCAUGAGACAUGGGAAAAAUUCAAAGAUUUACUUAGAAAGUGUCCUCAUCAUGCUAUACCCAAGUGGCAGCUCAAUAGAAUUUUUUAUGAUGGAUUAUUAGAACAACAUAGAAAUAUGGUUGAUUCUAUAUGUGGAGGAGCUUUUAUGGAGAAAACUCCUGAUGAGAUUUACAGUCUUUAUGAGAAUUUAAGUGAAAAUUCUAGAGAUCAAGCCUCUUUUGAAUUAUAUGACAAGGAAAUGAAGAGAGAAAUUUAUGAAUUGCAUCAUGAUGAUGAUUCUAAACUUAGAAAUGAGGUUAAUCAGAUUAAUCAAAGAUUAGAAAAAAUUGAUUUACUUAUUGAUAAUAUUAGAAAGCCUUUUAACCCUCAACUUAAUUCGAAUAGUACAUGUCCUAUGUAUGGUGAAAAUGAUUAUUCUGAACUUCAAUGUUAUAAUUUAGAUCAAUCAUUUCACCCUAUGCAAGAACAAGUGCAAGUAGCUCACGGUUUUAAUAGAAAUAGGGAACAUUUUUCAAAUUCUUAUAAUCCUAAUUGGAGGAAUAAUUUUUCAUGGAGAGACCCAAAUAAUAUUCAAAAUCCAGAAGCACUUAGACCCAAUUCAAACUCUGAAUUUCGUCCAAAACAAGAAAAUAGAUUUCAGAAAAAUCAGCCCUCUCAAACCCAACCUGAUGCUAUGGAAAUGAUGCAGCAAAUGAGCCAAAUGAUGCAACAAACUAUGAAUCAAAUGAUGCAACAAACUAUGAAUCAAAUGAUGCUUCAUCAGAAACAAAUUAUAGAGGCUCUUGGGAAUAAGAGAGAAGAGGGACAGCUACCUAGUCAGCCCAUAGAAAAUUCAGAAAACUGUCCAACAGUAAGAUUUCAGCAAGAAGAGUCUAACUGGAUAAAUUUAGAAAAAAACCCACGAAAUGAAAAUGUUAGGACAGUGAAUACAUUGAGUGAGAAUAUUUUACCUGAUCCUUAUUUCCAAUUAUUAGAAGAAAUUGAUGAUCCAUUAGAAGUAAAUGAGGAUAUUAAGGGCAAAAAUAUAGUAGCAGAAAAUUUGAAUAAAAUCAUUUAUUGCUCACAAUUGAUGAAUGAAUAUAGUGAGGAUGAUGAGGAGAAAGAACCCUUAGAUGAAGAAACAGCGACUGAUCAUAGAAAAAUCAUCCAAAUUUCAGUAGAAGGGAGUAAGGACAGAAAUGAAGAAAAAUAUAUUUCAGGGGAGGAAAAAUCAAUUGAUUUGGGAGAUGUAGGAGACGAAAUUAAUGAAUCUAAUCAUAAUUUUGCAGCCAUGGAUGUUGAUUGUGAGGAUGAUGAUGUAUAUCAUAUACCAAAAUUAAAAGAUAGCUCUUGGGAAGAUGAAGAAUUUGAUGAGUUGAGAAACGAAAAGCUAGAAAAAGAAUUGAUUCAACUAAUGGGAACAAGCAAAAAUAAUAGAUGUGAAUAUAGAAAUAAUUUUGGAGGAGAAAAUUUGAAUUUUACUGAAUUCAUUAGAUCUGAGAUUAAAGAAGACAAUCCUUCCAUCCUUCAAAACCCACAGCCCAUUAGAAUUACUUCUAAGCUUGAAAUAUUUCACUCCUCACAAAUUGAACAAAUAUGUAUGGAAGAUAAAAUAGAGCAGGGGAAGAUUAUGCAGAUAAAAGAAGACAUUAAGAAAUGGGUGAGUGGAAGAAUUAGAGAUACCAAUUUAGAUGAAAAAAUUUUAGAUUGGGCAAGAGCUAAUCUGAAAAUUAUAUGGCCUGAUCACAUUUUAUGGUUUAUUAAUAGAAAGUAUUUAUUAAUGAAUGAGAGCCUAACAAAACAAGAUAGAAAUAAGGAAAGAUUCUUUUCAAAAUGGAAAUAUUAUUUUUGGGAAAAUUUUGUUAAUUUCCAUUUUGUUUUGGCUGAAAGUAUGUCAAGGUAUAUAUAUGAAGUAUAUGAAUUUAUGCUAAAUCUGAAAAAGAAUAUCAUAAAACUUACCUUGGGAUACAAAUAUAUUUUGAUGGCCAUAGAUCAGCUUAUAUGAUAUAAGAGCUGUCCAGCUGGAGACAUUAAAUUCAGCGCUGCAUGGGAGGCAACCCAUGGUUUUUAUUUCAUUUUGUUUGAUCUCUGUUUUUCUUAGAAUUUCGCAGUACUUGUUUCUGUGUUUGUUUUUCUUUCGAAAAAGUGCAGGAGGAGGAGUGUAAGAUGAAGUGGAAAAUUAAAAACGAGGUUGAGGUGAUGUCUUUCUGAGCUUCAUCAUUUAUGAAAAUAUUUUUAAUGCUUAACUUUGCAGAUAUGCAUGCUUCACUUGAAAAUUAUAUUUUCUGCAUAUUCUGUUUCGAGUUUUCUGUGUCAUUGAGGACAAUGUCAUUUUUAAGUUGGGGGGUGAAGUAUUCAUUAUUAAUUUAUGCUGUAGGACGAUUAAGAACAUGUGUUUGCAUUUUAUUCAACUUAGAACAGCAACUAAAAAAAUAAAAAUAAAAUAAAAUUCGGAAAAACUGCAACAUCUAUUUUCUGGUUUUCUGUCAGGAACAACAGACUGUCAAAAACAGCAGAUGAAAAAACAACCCGAAAUUUGAAAUUCUAGAGACCCUUUUCUCACAUUUCAAUCCCGUAGACAUAUAUUACUGAAAUUCGAAAUUACAGCUAUAAAGAAGAUAGUUUUGAUUUAUUUUUGACAAAUUUAUUGCUGCUAAAAUAGAACUGAAAACAGAAAACAGAACUGUCAGAACUAUCUAAUUUACAAAUUCCUUACAUCAUAUUGCAUGCAUGAAAAAUUAAAUCAAUUAGAUUGAUUGAUACUAAAAGAUACUAGGAAGAUUAUUAUUGAGUCAAAAGAAUGAUCUAGUAGCAUGAAAUGUUGGAAUACUCCUUGGAUACAUGAUAGAUAACAUGGAUUUGAUUUUAUAGAUUUUCACUUCAUGAUCUUGAUGGAUAAUAUUUACUUGAUGUGAAAAUUUGAUUGAUCAUUUGAGUUUAAUGGAGAUUUUUGCACCCUGAUCUAUAGGACUUGUGAGGAGAAAUCACUUAUUUCAAAAAAAAAAAAGAAAAAAAAAGAGAGAGCAAUGUGAAAAAUCUAGAAACGAAGAGUACACAUGGAGGGUGUGAGACAUCAUUCUCAUUGUCGAAAAUCGUGCAUAGAAAAACACUUGCUGAAAAAUAAGUGGAUAAAGUGAAAGCCCUGAAAAUGAAGAGUACACAUGGAGGGUGUGAGACAUCAUUCUUAUUGUCGAAAUUUGUCUACAGGAAAAGCUACUUAUCCACUAUUUAUAAAAAAAAAAAAAGAAGGAAGAAAUAUAGUGCAAACUUCAAAAAUUAAGUCAUAGAAAAAGGGAAAUGUAAGAUCAAUAUUAUUCUUGGAUGAGUAUUGAUAAUUGGAACAUCUUGUAAAUACAUCUAUGAGUGAAGAAGUGAUAAAGAUGUGAAUAGAAGAAGUGAAGUCUAGAUUGUUAUUCCAAGGAGUGUUUAAACAUUUAAGUGCUUGACAUCAUUCUUAAAUACUUGAUAUAAGAAUCCAAAGUGUUUAAAGGUGCAUCAUUUCUAAUUGUAUUUCUUUUCUGUAUUGAAAUAUGAUGUUUGAGAUUUGUAAAUUUUUAUUUUCGUAAUUCCAUUGCUAAGGGACUAGCAAUGAUUUAAGUUGGGGGGUGUGAUAAGUCUUCAUUAUCAUGAGUUAAUAAUUAGUAAAUAAUAUAGUUUUAGCCUUAACUCAUGAUAAAUAGACUUAUAUUUCUGUUAAAGAAUGAUUUUUGGUUUUCAAUUGAUAAACGUGAAUUUUUGGGUAAUUAUGUGAUUUUAUAUGAUUUUUACAGUCCUACUUUUGAGAUAAAUGAAGAACAAGAAAUAAAAAUAAAAAUAUUGCAAAAAUUGGGAGGACCCGCCGGCCAGCCGUGCCCGCAAGUGGGUCGGAAGCACAGUCGGGGAGUAAGCCGCGAGCAAGGGCUCGAGCGGCUAGGCUUGGGGACCAACAGGCACGCGUACGCCACUCCCCUUCCACGUCACCGAUGGCCAGCCGGCUGUGGGGCAAGGAGUGGUCGUACACGCGAGAGAAGGGACUUUGCUCACAAAGCUAACAUUACUAUAUAUUCGCCCGAAAACUCGGCAUACAACCGAUGUGGGACUAAACCCACACCUUCCUCAGAAGAGGCGGGGGCGACCGGCGCGGGUUCGAAUCCUCCCAGAGUCAAAAUUCAUAUAUUUUUAUCUGAUUAUCGCGACUUUCCUGCAGAUCGCCGGUGAAGGAUUAAGCAAUGAGAAUCGCUGGAUCAUCAGCGAAAAUCUCGUCAACGCGAUUCGUGGAGCAUUGCUACUAAAAUUGCUGAACGAUUCGCGAUAAAAGGAUCGCGAAUCCAUCGAGUAAAUCAUCUCCGAUUGAUCGACGAACAAGCCGUCGUCGAGAAGAGGACGAUCCGCCGGGAGACCAGUCGCCACCUCCUGAGAGCGUACCAGAUGCGAUGAAGAGCCUCCUCUUGCUGCGCGGACUUGAGGAUGAAGCUCCCUAACACGCGCCUCACCUCCAUCCAGCCCCUCUCCGUCGGGUGACAGCCGCCGGAGAGCCGCAAAGUCGCCGUUUUUCCGCUCCGCCGGGUGACAGCCGCCGGAGACGAUUCGACGACCCACUUCAUUGGUCUCUAGACUUCGCGAGAAGAUCUAGAGAUUGCCCACGUCGUCUUUGUCCAAGGAGAGCCUUCGAGGUCGUGGACACUGCACGAUGACCCUCCCGAACGCUCAGGAUUCCAGUGCAUCGCCGACGUGUCGCCGUCGCGACGCCGGAACUCUGUUUUCCUGCUUUAUCUAGAGAUUGCCCACGUCGUCUUUGUCCAAGGAGAGCCUUCGAGGCCGUGGACACUGCACGACGAUCCUCCCGAACGCUCAGGAUUCCGGUGCAUCGCCGACGCAUCGCCGUCGCGACGCCAGAACUCUGUUUUCCUGCUUUCAACUUACUUUACGCUUCAUUUAGUGAUAGUUUUUGUGAUUUUAAUUUACCAAAAUAUACUUUGUUCUAUUACGAUUCUUCCUGCUUUUACAGAUCUUAAUUUGAUUAAUUAAAUCGUCUGUAAUCGCUUACGUAAGAAUCGCCGGGCGGAACUCUGUUUCUGCCCGAUUCGCGUUCGCCGGGUGCUGACGUCAUCCUGACGCCCGCACCCUUAUUUCCCUUUUUCGUGAAUUUUAAAUAUAUUUCCUUUUUAUUUCCUAGUAUAAAAUUCAUAGAAAAUCGUAUUCAUUGAGAAAAAUUCUGAAUAAUUACCAAAUAUUACAUCCCUGUGAUCGACCUGGAAAAUUACUGCUAUUUUUGGAAUUUUUAUUGAAUUAUAAUUGAUAUAUUUAUUUAGAAAUACUUCUAAAUAUCCGAAAAUUCGUAUUUUCUAGUUUUAUAAAUUUUAUAUUUGCGUGAUUUAACAUACAACGACUGAGUCACGUCAGCCUACAAGUAGAUUUGAAGUUGAUAAGUCUUCAUUAUCAUCAGUUAAUAAUUAAUAAAGAGAAUAGUAGUUUUUAGUUGGUUAAUGUGAUUUUUUAGCAAAUUAUGUGAUUUUAUGAAAAUUAAUAUAAUUUUUAUAAUCCUAUUUUUGAGAUAAAUGAAGGAAAAAAUAAAAAAUAAAAUGAUAGAAAAAGAGGGGGACUUGCUGGCUAGUUGGGCAUACAAGUGGGUUGGAAGCACAAUUAGGGCAGAGCCACAAGCAAGGGCUCGAGUGGCUAUAG